AUGGGAAGAUUUCAAUUUCACUUCGUUGUCUUGCUUAUUGCAACCAUUGUCAUCCUAGAAUUUUCAAAUGCCAAACAAGGUUAUGUACCAAUUAAAGGAUGCCCAUAUGCAUGUUCAGUUCGUUGUUCAGCAACCCACCAUCGUGGGCAAUGUAUGGAUGUGUGCCAAGAUUGUUGUGGAAAAUGUUCAUGUGUUUCUUCCGGCGCUAUUGGUAACAAAAAUGAAUGUCCUUGUUACCGAGAUAUGAAAACAAAAUAUGGAAAACCAAAAUGUCCUUAA